CCGGCAAACACCGAGCGCGAAGACAACAGACAUGAAGUUCUUAGUGCUUCUCUGCUUGGUGGCGUAUGUCGCGGCGGACUCUGACAGCUAUUAUGACAACUAUAAGUACCCGUACGGUCCACCACGGUACUAUGGCAAGGACGACGGAGGAUAUUCCUCAGACUACUACAAGCCCGCACCUUACGGCAAGCACAACUAUCGCUACAACUACGACAUCUACUACCCUUGGGAACGAGCCUCUCAGAGCAAGUACGAGAGCAACUACGGCGGCCGCACCCGCGGCGGGUAUUAUGUAAAGCUGCCGUACAGCAAGGUCAACGUCGACUACGACAUCAAGCACGGUGGUCAAGGCUAUCCCAAAAAGCCCUGGUGGUAACACCGCAAGUUCCACAAUGUGGCAGCCAUUUCAUGGUGAAUCUAAACAUCCAUUACUGAUAUAAUGAUGCCGGCGGACAGAAGCAAUAGUUACCAACCAGCCUGCCGUACUCACGUACCCCGCCUGUAUCUGAUGUUCAAAAACUUAGCAAUCCUGACACUGAAUGGUUUUUGUCUUAGGUCUGUCCUACACCUUAUGCGCUCUAGUUUAAAUUCAUUUUGGUGUUGUUGGGCUUUUGAUGAUGUUCCGAAAUAUAUUACUAUC